AUGACGGACAGUAGCAGCUUUAAAGACCGAGAAGCAGCGCUAUUGCGUGAACUCUCUGCGUUGUAUACGAAGCUAAACCAAGUACGUGACAAACGCGUGAAAGAAGAGCAAGAAAGCGGUGCAGGAGGAGGGAACGACAAGGAUGGAGAUGAUGAAGGAGUCAAAGGUUCAAGACGACGUCGUCGAGUGCUAUUGGUGACUCGUACGCUUCCAUUUUGGCUCGUGUCGGAAGACGCACAGUCGCAAUGGCGUGCUGAGUUUCCAGAGCAUGCAAGUCUGAAUGGAGCGAUGGAAAUUUUUCAGUCUUUGCAUGAAAGUUACGACUGUGUCUGGAUCGGAUCGGUGCAUGGAGAGAUUGAACCAAGUGAACAAAAUACGUUAAAGGAACAAUUAUUGCAAGAUCGCAAAUAUUAUCCAGUCUUUUUGGAUGAAAGGAGAGAACGACUGUACUAUCAGGGGUUUUGUAAAACGGUCAUGUGGCCGCUGUUCCACUCGUGUCCGCCGACGACGGAUGAUCAGAUAACGCAACAUGAAAUGAUGGAAGAUGGACAGGAAGAUGACCAUAGUAUGGAAAAAAUGUGGCAGGCAUAUGUUGCGGCAAAUCAGGCGUUUGCCGAUGCCAUUCAAGAAGUUUAUGAAGAAGGUGACUUGGUUUGGAUCCAGGGAUAUCACUUGACGCUCGUGCCACAAAUGGUGCAGAACUUGUUUCCAAACAAUAAUGUGUGUAUGGGUUUCUUCAUGCACAUUCCAUUCCCAUCUGCAGAGUUGUAUCGGAUACUAAACAACCGUGAGGAAAUUUUGACCGGUAUAUUGGGUGCCGAUCUGAUCGGAUUUCAGACGUAUGACUACGCUCGACAUUUCCAAAGCGCAUGUGUUCGAUUAUUGGGGCUGGAAAGCAGUCACGAAGGCGUGGACCUAAACGGACAUUUUGCUCGUGUAACAAUUUUUCCAGUGGGAAUUGAUGCCAACAAGUACGCCGCAAUGGUGCAAUCGGACGCAGUUCAAAAGCAGAUGACGCAAUUGACGAGUCAAUUUUCCGGGAAAAAGGUGAUUCUCGGAGUGGAUCAAUUAGAUCAGACAAAAGGGCUUGUGCAUAAGUUGUUGGCAGUCGAGGAGUUGUUUACCCAGAAGCCAGACCUUGCGAAAAAGGUAGUGUUCUUGCAAAUUGUUACGGGUCCGCCAGUGUAUGAGUCGGCGCUAGAAUCGCAGGUUGAGUCUUUGGUGUCUCGUAUUAACAGCAAGUUGCAAGAUGUGGGUACUGAAGGCCCUGUGCAGUAUUUGAAUAAAGAUAUUGCCGUGGAGGCUCUGCUCGCAUUGUAUGCAUUGGCCGACGCGCUGGUGAUUACGCCCGUCCGUGACGGAAUGAACACUAUUCCAUUUGGAUACAUCGUUUGCCGUGAGGCCACAAACAAGCAUGCGCGUGUAAUCCUGAGCGAAUUUGCAGGAUGUGCCCAGUCGCUGGGCAAAGCGCGACUCGCGAACCCAUGGAAUACUGAAGAACUCUCGCGUGCGUUGCUAGAAUCCCUUCAAGACAAUGAUGAAGUAAUGCGUGCUCACGAGCAUAUGUUCAGCUACGUAAGUUCCUUCACCUCGAGGCAUUGGGCGGACAAAUUCCUGGAGCAGCUUCAUGAAUGCCGUGAAGAGAACGCGGUGUCAGUAUCAGGGCGUGAGCUGAGUCGUCGCGAUAUGACAUCAGCUUACUCACGGUCAUCGCGGCGGCUGAUCUUUAUUAAUUAUGAAGGUGUGCUUGCAGUUGAAGCGUCGAUUCCGGAGCUGGCCUACCCACCACAAGAGCUUAUCUGGCAAUUGUCUAUGCUUACGAGCGACCCGCGCAAUACUGUUGUUCUUGUCAGUGCGCGUAGUAUGUCAGUGUGUGAGCAGUGGUUUGCUGAACUUUCAGGAAAUCUUGUUCUUGCAGCAGAGUAUGGCGUAUACGUUAAGUGGAUCGGCGACAAUGAGGGUUGGCACUGCUUGGUGCCGAACAUGGACAUGAGUUGGUGGGAACACAUAUUGCCAUUGCUGGAAUAUUACACAGAGCGUACUCCAGGUGCGUAUAUCGAGCGAAAGGAUAGCUCGAUAGCAUGGCACUACCGUGACUGCGAUUUGGACCACGGGUUAUGGCAAGCUAGUGAGCUUUUGGUCUCGUUGCGCGAGAUUACGAGGUCUCUUCCGGUGUCUUUGUAUCCAGGUAACCGGUAUCUCGAGGUGCGACCAGAGAAGGUUAGCAAAGCUACGCUGUUUGAGCGCAUAUGGAAGUAUAUGAAUUGGUCUUCGCUGUUUCCUGAUGAAGAUCCAGUUACGACAGAGUAUCUCGGCGAAUUGAUACACCCACCCCCGUCUUCAACCGUGAUAUCACGUGGAUUUGAAAACGACGUGCCUGGCGGUGAUGGUUUAACAGCAUUAAGUUUGGAUGACUUAAAUACUCGACUUACGAGAAAGGACUUCCUUAGAGGAGAUAGGAAGGAUUCGGAAAGUUUUAGCAUUGAGCAACCGGAUGAUGCAGACGAAAAGCAGCCAGUUGAUUUUAUUUUGGUGAUCGCCUCGGGUGAUGACCGAACUGAUGAAGAUGUGUUUGCAUUUCUAGUGCCUCCGCCAAUCGAUCUUGACGCAUACUCCCGACAACUCGAGAAGGAUGACAUGUCUAGUACUCCACAGCAGGUGGAAGGAAUGUUACCAGUUGAACCUGAUACUGACGAUUCGUCCUCUUCAUCUAAUCGACACCUAAGUUUCAUACAAGAAGCGGGAUGCAGUGAAAGUGAAAUCGGGUCAUCGAGCUUCGAUGAUGUCAGUGACAACAUGUCUUACAAAACAUCUCGUCGACUACGGGGGAGAACGUCGCUUGCAGCCGGGUCGUGUGGAGAGCGAGGCAGUUUGUCGACUACCUCGUCGCUAGCACGGCUCUCUUCGCUGCCAGGUGUUGCAGACUCCCGAGCACUGGAUGAAAACAUAACGAAACUAACACUUGCAAAUUCUCCGAAUGCUGAAGAGGCUGGGAACAUGUUUCCGAUGCUCAACCGACAAAUUGUUGCGCGCCACGACGGAAUCGUCACUGAAAAGAGCAGGUUUACUCGUCCUGACUUUCCACCCUCGGCCGCUUUGUUUAAGGCUAUGAGGGCAAAAUACGGUGAGAACUUUGGCCUUCACAGAAUCCCGGAUACUCUGGCGGCCUGUUGGGCACUUGUUUGUCCACCUAAUGGGUGUGCAAAGGUAGAAGAUGGCAUUAAAACACAAAGGAGUAACUCGCGGGUACUGCCGGAAGAGAAGCUUCUAGUUACUGGAAAUCUUGUGACAACUGAAGGGUUGGAAGCCUCAGUCGGGGGUGAAUCAAGUACCAAUAGUUGGGUUCAUAGCGAUCUGACCGCUUUGAAAUCCACGGCUAUUCGCGACAGCGAGGAUGAGAGUGGUUCACUGCGAGGCGAUGGAGAUCAGGCUCAAUACAAUAACAAGCAUAAGUCGGACUCCAACAUUGCUGAAAAGGAGCUUACUGCAGCGAAGGCAACGGGGGAAAACGAACUGCCAGUCAGCCAAACGACUUCGGGGUCUACAGAUGAAGCUGACGACGGGCGAUAUCGGUUUCCUGUCAACACAUUUGUGUGCACACUCGGCCGCAAACAUUCUCAAGCGCCAUACUUUAUCAAGAAUUCGGGGGAUUUGUUCCAGCUAUUACAAGAAAUGGGUAUAAGCAGUCAUAUUCGCAAACAGCGCGUGCUUUCCACGGGCAGCGUCGGAGAUAUUUAA